AUGGAGGAGCUGGUGGGGCUGCGAGAGGGCUCCUCGGGGAACCCUGUGACGCUCCAGGAGCUGUGGGGCCCGUGUCCCCGCCUCCGCCGCCGCAUUGGAGGCGGCUUGGAGUGGCUGAAGCAGAAGCUGUUCCGUGUGGGCGAGGACUGGUACUUCCUGGCGACGCUCGGCGUGCUCAUGGCCCUGAUCAGCUACACCAUGAGCUUCACCGUGGGGCGCGUGGUCCGAGCACACAAGUGGCUGUACCGGGAGAUCGGAGACAGCCACCUGCUUCGGUACCUCUCCUGGACGGUGUACCCCAUGGCCUUGGUCUCCUUCUCCUCGGGCUUCUCACAGAGCAUCACACCCUUCUCCGGAGGUUCUGGGCUCCCGGAGCUGAAGACCAUCCUGUCGGGGGUGGUGCUGGAGGACUACCUGGACAUCAAGAACUUCGGGGCCAAGGUGGUGGGCCUCACCUGCACCCUGGCCUGUGGCAGCACCAUCUUCCUGGGCAAAGUGGGCCCCUUCGUGCACCUGUGCGUGAUGAUCGCUGCCUACCUGGGCCGCGUGCGCACCCAGACCAUCGGGGAACCCGAGAACAAGAGCAAGCAGAACGAAAUGCUGGUGGCCGCGGCGGCGGUGGGCGUGGCCACGGUCUUCGCAGCGCCCUUCAGCGGCGUCCUGUUCAGCAUCGAGGUCAUGUCCUCGCACUUCUCCGUCUGGGAUUACUGGCGCGGCUUCUUCGCCGCCACCUGCGGGGCCUUCAUGUUCCGCCUCCUGGCUGUCUUCAACAGCGAGCAGGAGACCAUCACCUCCCUCUUCAAGACCAGCUUCCGGGUGGACGUCCCCUUCGACCUGCCCGAGAUCUUCUUCUUCGUGGCGCUGGGGGCCAUCUGCGGCGUCCUGAGCUGCGCCUACCUCUUCUGCCAGCGCAACUUCCUCAUCUUCGUCAAGACGAACCCGCUCACCUCCAAACUCCUGGCCACCAGCAAGCCCCUGUACGCCGCCCUGGCCGCCCUGAUCCUCGCCUCCAUCACCUACCCCCCGGGCGUGGGCCGCUUCAUGGCUUCUCGGCUGUCCAUGAAGCAGCACCUGGACACCCUGUUUGACAACAACUCGUGGGCCCUGAUGACCCGGAACUCGUCCCCACCCUGGCCCGCCGAGCCCGACCCCCAGAACCUGUGGCUCGAGUGGUACCACCCGCGGUUCACCAUCUUUGGGACCUUGGCCUUCUUCCUGGUGAUGAAGUUCUGGAUGCUGAUCCUGGCCACCACCAUCCCCAUGCCCGCUGGCUACUUCAUGCCCAUAUUCAUCUUCGGAGCUGCUGUCGGGCGCCUCAUAGGGGAGGCCCUCUCUCUUGCCUUCCCCGAGGGCAUCGUGGCCGGAGGGGUCACCAACCCCAUCAUGCCCGGGGGGUAUGCCCUGGCAGGGGCUGCGGCCUUCUCGGGGGCCGUGACCCACACCAUCUCCACGGCGCUGCUGGCCUUCGAGCUGACCGGCCAGAUCGUGCACGCGCUGCCCGUGCUGAUGGCGGUGCUGGCGGCCAACGCCAUCGCCCAGAGCUGCCAGCCCUCCUUCUACGACGGCACCAUCAUCGUCAAGAAGCUGCCGUAUCUGCCCUGGAUCCGGGGCCGGAAAAUCAGCUCUCACCGCGUCAUCGUGGAGCACUUCAUGAACUGCAGCGUCACUGCGCUGGCCAAGGACAUGCCCCUGGAGGAGGUGGUCAAGGUCAUAACCUCCACCGACAAGGCUGAGUUCCCCCUGGAGGAGAGCACAGAGUCUCCGAUCCUGGUGGGCACCGUGCGAAGGGCCCACUUGCUGCAGGCCCUCCAGGCCGAGCCACCUUCCUGGGCUCCAGGACACCAACGGUCUCUCCAGGACAUCUUGGCUGGGGGCUGCCCCAUGGAGCCCGUGACUCUACAGCUGACUCCGGAGACCUCCCUGCACGAGGCCCACAACCUGUUCGAGCUGCUGAACCUGCAGUCCCUCUUCGUGACGUCUCGAGGCAGAGCUGUGGGCAGCGUGUCCUGGGUGGAGUUGAAGAAAGCAAUUUCCAACGUGACAAACCCACCGGCCCCAAAGUGA